UACAUUUCAACACUAACAAAAAUGCAUUCUUCGCUACUCCUGUCUUCUAUAGCUGUACAAGCCGGGCAUCACAUGCGAAGUUAGAUCAUCUGAUAAUUCAAAUGGUACGCUCCUUUUUCUUUGCUUCGUCAUAAGUACAUACCAAUUCCCAAAUUCUGUGAAGAAUCGGUACUUACCAAAGUCACUCUUGUACUUAUCUCUACACUUAUUAAGUAAUGUUCUUUAGACAAGAAUAGAGUAGAGCUUUUUCUAAGUUACAAGUGUAAAGGUUUUAUUAGUAAAUUAUUUGUUUUAUUGUGUUAAGUGAUGAUAAUUUUAUUAAAAAGGACAAAUUUGAUUGUAAUAAUGUUGACAAUUCAAUCUAGGAAUAUGUUUGGUAAAAAAAGAGAGAAAUAAUUAAGGGCAAUACUUGACCGAAAUAAUGAAUUUUGAUUAAAAAAAGACAUUGUUUGAUGAGAAUUAAAAUGAAUUAUAAGUAGAAUGAUGAUAAUAGUAAUAAAAAUAAAAAGGAAUUAAGAGUGUAGUUGGCUAGAAGGGAGUGAAAGAGGAGAGGCUAAACCCUCGGUGGCAGAGAGAGAGAGAGAGAGAGAGAGAGAGAGAUGGAUUUGGUGGAAUUGGAGGCGGUGGAAGGGCUAAGAUGGUCGUGGAAUUCGUGGCCAUGCACGAAAUCGGAAGGUAGCGGUCUGAUAAUUCCGCUGAGCAUAAUGUGCAGUCCAUUGAAUUUGAUGCAAGGAAGUGGGACUGACCUACCAAUUCUGCCCUAUGAAGCACUUGUGUGCUCCCGAUGCGGCGCCGUUUUGAACCCCUACGCCCGCCUCGACUACCAGUCACGCAUCUGGCACUGCCCCUUCUGCUCCCUCCGCAACCCCUUCCCUCGCCCCAUCGCCGACACCAAUCUCCCCGCCGAACUCUUCCCCACAUACAGCACCGUCGAGUACUCUUCACCUUCCUCUUCCUCUCCCUUCCCUCCCGCCUUCCUCUUCCUCGUCGACCUCUCCUCCUCCCCGGAAGACCUCCGUUCCCUCAAGAACCACCUCCUCUUCCUCCUCGACCUCCUCCCCGACAACGCUCUCGUCGCUCUCCUCACCUUCGACUCCAUGGUCUACCUCCACGAUCUUGCUUUCUCCCACUGUUCGAGACUCCUCAUCUUUCAUGGCAAUCGUCAACUCUCCUCCAAUCAGGUACUCUAUCUCUCUCUCUCUCUCUCUCUUCACUUUCGCCAUUUUAAUUCAAUUCAAAUUUCAAUCAAUUAGCGAACAUAUUAUGUAUGCAUGUCAUGUACUCCGUCAUUCCUCAGAUCCGCCACUUGCUCAACAUUAACCGCCCCCACCACCCGCAUCUCGGAGGACAAACACCUCUCGUCCCCAGGCAGGGUUUUCUUCUCCCACUUUCCGAAUGCGAGUUCAGCAUCGCUGCUGCAAUCCAAGACAUCCAUUCUACAUACAACUUCACCCCCGGCACUCGCCCCCCGAGGGCCACUGGUGCUGCAAUCUCUGUUGCCAUUGGACUUUUAGAGUCUUGCCACGUAAACACCGGCUCCAGGAUCAUGCUCUUCACCACUGGACCUGCUACUCUCGGACCCGGCAUCAUUGUACAGUCUGAUCUCCGCCAUUCCAUCAGAACCCACCACCACAUCUUCACUGCCCAAGCAACACACCAUGCUAAAUCCUCCUCUUUCUACACCCAUAUUUCAAAGAGGCUUUCUGACUCCACCGUUGUUCUUGAUCUGUUUGCUUCUUCCCUCGACCAAGUCGGGGCAGCCGAGCUUCGCCAACCUGUUGAGCACUCUGGUGGAUUCAUGAUUCUUGUGGACUCCUUUGAUUCCGACCAAUUCAGGAAAUGUCUCCGCCAUAUAUUUAAACGUGGCCGUGAGGGCCAUUUGAACAUGAACUUUGAUGCAACUAUUGAAAUUGUGACUACUAAGGAUGUGAAAAUCUGUGGAGCUCUUGGUCCUUGUGUGUCUCUUAGAAAAAAGACCAGUUUAGUGAGUGAGACUGAGGUUGGACAAGGUGGUACCUCUGUGUGGAAGUUGAACACCCUCACUGACAAAACUUGUGUCGCUUUUUUCUUCCAAGUGAAUGAUGAACAGAAAAUUCAACCCGGCUCUGCAUUUUUGAUCCAGUUUAUAACACGGUACCGGCAGGGCAACAUGGGACUCAGAAAAAGAGUGACCACUGCUGCAAGACGAUGGGUUGCAAACCAUUCUGCUGAUAUUGCUGCUGGGUUUGAUCAAGAAGCCGCAGCGGCAGUAAUGGCAAGGCUUGCUAUACUCCGCGCAGAGACAUGCUAUCCUCGUGAUGUCAUUAGAUGGCUCGAUGACGCGCUUAUCCGUUUUACUUCUAAGUUUGGGGACUAUGUGCCGGAAGAUCCUUCCUCCUUCCGCCUAUCUUCCAACUUUUCCCUUUAUCCCCAGUUUAUGUUCCACUUGAGACGAUCUCAAUUCAUUGAUGUCUGUAACACUACUCCUGAUGAAACUGCAUUUUUCCGGCUUAUGCUGAACCGUGAGGGAGUAGUAGGUUCUCUUAUAAUGAUUCAACCUACUCUUUUCCAAUAUUCGUUUGAUGGGCCACCUGUUCCAGUACUGCUUGAUAUUCGUUCCAUUUCUCCAGAUUUUAUUUUGCUCUUUGAUUCUUUCUUCCAUGUGGUGAUUCACUAUGGGUCCAAGAUUGCUCAGUGGAGGAAGCUGGGUUAUGAUAAGGACCCUAAUCACGAGAACUUUAGAAAGCUGUUGGAAGCCCCAGAACUGGAUGCAGAGCAAUUGGUAGCCGACCGGCUUCCAGUGCCAAAGAUUGUUAAAUGUGAUCAGCAUAGUAGCCAGGCUAGGUUUCUUCUUGCCAAAUUGAAUCCCUCUGUUACACAAAAUUCAACCUAUACAGAUGGUUCGGAUAUUAUAUUUACCGAUGACUUGAGCUUGCAAGUUUUUCUAGACCAGUUGCAGGUACUGGCAGUGCAAAGCUGAUAAAGAAGAGCAUUAAUUUGGAUUGUUCUCUUUAUUGUGGUCGCGUGAAAAAAUAUUUGAAAUUUGUAAGUAGUUUUCAAAGAAGAGGUUUCAUGUUAUCGGCAGAUAGAGUCUUUUUGUUUACUUUCUGAUUUGUAAAUUGUCUGAUAUAUUACUCUGAUCAGAAUAUGCUCUUGGUAGUUUUGAAGAUAUAGCAUAUGGUUACCCUUACUCUGACUAGAAAUUGUAUUAUCCUCCAGCUUCUUGCCUGUACUGUAAAUAACACUUGAUGUUAUGACUGAUUGAAGCUUUGCUCGGUUUAAUUUGCUUUUGAUUAUGCUUUUCCUUUGUGCUGCGAUUAUUUUCGCUUGGUUGGAAGGGACGAUACGUUUGCCAGGGGUGGGUCAUAAUGGAGUGAAAUGCCUUUACGAACGAUGCCAUCAGCUAUAAUUUCAAACACAUACAGCUUCCACUACCGCUAUCAGGUGAUAUUGACACACACACCCACGCAGACACAUGAUACUGUAAUUAGUUGGGAUUCGGAUCCUCAUGUUCAAAUUUACGGCUUAAGCGAAUUAA